AUGCGGGCGGACUACAACAGAUAUUUGGCGGAGUUUGCACAAGAUGGGGAUUUCGACCGUGUUGUUCAAGAGGCUCUUCGGGCCUACGACGAGGCUUCUCGAAUUGCCGAAGACGGACUUCCCGAGGGCCAUCCAGUUCGUUUGGGAAUUGCCCUCAACUUCUCCGUCUUUUAUUUCGAAGCCCUUAAUGAACCCGCGAAGGCCUGCGAGCUCGCGCGCGCCGCGAUCGAGACCCCCGAGAGCGCGCUGGCGGCGCUCCCCGAGGACCAGCGCAAAGACAGCGAGUCGAUGCUGAAGCUGCUGCAAGACAAUUUGAGUCUUUGGACUGGCAGCGCUGGAGAAGGCGAAGAUGCUGACGACGAAGACACAGACAGCUGA